UAUUUCCAUUCAGUUGAAGAAUUAAAGUGGUGUAGUGCAAAGUUGUUCGUGACGGUUACGGACUCAACGCAAGAAAGUCCAUCAUAUUCGAAUAAAUUGCAGCAGACACGCUGAGCUGAAUGCAGCAAGAAAGUGUAUGCAUGCGGUUAAUAAAAAAUAAAAUUCUAUGCAACAAAUAAAAGUUUACAAUAAGUGCGUGUAAUAAACGAAAAAUCAAUCGAGAAAGGAAAAAUCAAAUAAGAAAACAGUGUUUAAACAAGAAGUGAGUGUUAAGUGUGUUGUAUAUAAAAUUUCAAUAAUAAAUUUAAAAAUAAAGUGUCUCAAUAAAUUAUUGAAAAAAAGUUAAGAUUUAAUAAAUGCAUAAAAUGAGGCAGUAACAUGACAACAACGGCAUUAAACGAAAGGCAGUGACAACAAAAACAUAAAAAAGAAAACAACGCCAAGUACAAUGCGGGGUGGAUUACAAAUCAAAUAAAAUACAACAAACACGGAAAAAGGAAUUUUCAAGUAAGAACAACGAAAAAUGUAUAAAUAGAAUGACAACUGGACAAUUUUCGUUAUACGGAGCAGUAAUCAGAAAAAACGAACGAAAUACAAAAACAAAUACCAAAGUUGCUACAGCCGAGCUAAAACAAGUGGGCUAAGGCAAAAACAAAAGCAAUAAAGCAAGUAUAGCAGCGAACUUGAUAGACCAAAGGCCUGAGCUAAGAGUGGAAGGGCGCGUGGAGUGCGGAAAACGCAGAACAAAUGUGUAGUGAGGUCGCUGUGAAAAUGGUUGGAACGACGACAAUUACCAGUUGUUGCAAGUAGCGUAGACUGUCAAAAACUUGUCAAACCAGCACACACAAGUGGCAACGCUAUGAAAGCAAAAAAACAAGAACGAACAAGAACAAGAAAAGCGGCGCGUCACUAGUACGAGGAAGCUAAGAAGCGCAUGAAGAAGAAGCAGAACACUGCUCAAACAAGUUUUUGUAGAGAAAAACAAGCAGCAGAAAAAAAAUAUAUUUUAUUGUAUCCUUUUUUCACCAAAGUCCUUUUCUUUGUCUUGGGCGUCAUGAAGAAGCAGUACAACUAAUAAAAUCAACAAAAGAAGUAGUACAAGCCUUAUUCGAACAAAACAUAAAGUGUAGCGGAGCGAGGACAUAAAACCAGUAACGAACACGAAAAGGAACAGCAACCUGAACCGAGGGCACUUGAAGGAUUGAAAACCCCAAAAAGGCAACAUAGACCUAAGAGUGAUUGAGUUGCGCAGAAGGUGUGGAAAAGAAGAAUAAAUGUUAGAUUGAUGCGACAACGCUACUGCUGUAUACAUAUAUCCGGGUGAAAGCUGAAGAAACAGAAAACAAAAAAAAGUUAUAAAAGGGUUUAAGCUCAAGUGCUUAGAAAAAAGUCUUCCACUGGUUGUAUGCAUGUGAUGGAAACAGUAACGUUGGCUUACAAUAUGUGGUCAUGUAGAUAAUACGAGCAUAUUUUCAAAUCCCAAUAACAAAAACAACAAACUAAAAAAUAAGCAGCAGACAAUUUGAAACAUAGAACAAACCUUAAUAAGUACGCAAAGUUGGUGAAAAGUGGCAGAGUUCUGAGCCACACAAAAGAAGCAAAGCAAUCGAAACUUUGGCAGCUGAAAUAACAACACCCGCUAGCCAAGGGCACGAAUAAACGAGCGCAUUGCGACCACUCUGCAUGAUACAUGCCCGCAAGGACAUUGGAAUUCCAUGCCAACAACGUCAGAGAUCCGCACAGUAGGAUAAACGGAAUGUAAUAUUAUGCUGCUGACGGUGAAUUUUGUUUGUUUGCAUGAUUUGACAGCAGCAGUAGCAGCAAAAAAGCACAACCAGAUUGUUGCCAUCAAAAUACAAACAAACAAAUAAAAAAACUAAACAAUUACCUCAGUAGAAAACGCAUACAAAAACAUCCAAGUGUAGAGUAAGUGAGCUGGCUGAAAGCUAAAAGCUGCAAAUAGCAAGCAUAGCAGUUGCAACGUCACCAACAGCAAACGGCAAGCGGCCAGUAUCAGCUAGUGAUCCAUUCAGCCAACCAGCGAGGGCAGAACGUGACAGCAGCAGCAAAUAAUGCGCAAGGACAAGGCACUGCGAGUUGGUACGAUGGCAGCCAGGAGCAGCCAGCAAAACGAAAUACCAACAGCAACACAAGUGUCUACAGCCAUGUCACAGCAGCAACAUUACAACAUGCAUCAGUCCACAAUACCAGCAGCAGCAGCAGCAUCAGCUCUGUCAGCUGGCACCACAAGGGUAGCAACAGAAACUAAAAGCGGAAAUACGGCGAUCGGUGAGGAUGGUGUUGACAUGAAACGUCCCAACAGUAUUUUUCACGCUGCGCAGCAACAACAAAUUCCCACGAUAGGCAUGUCCUUGGGCAGCAAUGAAACAUUAGAGGACAACAGCAGCAGCAGCAGCAGCGCAUUGUUAGCAGCAACAGAGGAAGCGACGCACAAAUUAUAUGCUGCUCAACAAACAACGCUGCCAAAUGCAGCACAAGCGACCAUAACAGCUGAAUUGCCGAUAGCAGCAAAAACAAUAACAAUGAAAUCAACAUCAGUGCAAGCUUGUCGCCUGCCGUCAUUUGAUAACGGCUAUGAUAAUAAGAGCAAGAACAAAAGCAACAGCGGCUGCGGCAGUAUCAGCAAUACAUUGUUGGCACAGCAGCAGCAGCAGCAGCACCACCACCAACAUCAUCACCAACAACGAACUACAACGACCACAAAAUCAACGCCAGCAGCAACAGCAGCGGCAACAGCAGGUGACGCAAAGGGCAGCGCACUGUACACAUCAACAUUUUUCACGUUGUUCAACAAAUGCUACCGUUGGACCGAUCCCAAAAACCACAAAUGCAGCGCAUUUAUCUUCUCUCUCAAUAUGUUUGUUUUCAUGCUGUGCCUCAUUGCAUUGGUAUUGGCGUUUUACAGCAUUAACCGGCAUACACGUAACGAGCAGCGGUUGAAGGCAGUGUGGCAACUGGACGAAAGAAUAAAUGCAUUGGAGUUGAGGUUGCAAUUAUGUGAAGAACAGCAUCAGCAAAAGAAACAACAAUCCGACGCAGGCAUGAAACUAACGCUAAAUAAUGAACGUGACAGCACUGAGCGUAUUCAGCCGGACGUCAGUAAUUUGCAUAAUCAGCAAGAAAAGCAACCAAAGUCGGUGCAGCAGCAAAUGCCCGAAGAUGUGACACAGACGUUGCACCGAUUGUCGCGGCAGGUGAGCGAUUUGCAUCGUUUGCGACGCGAUGUUUCGCAUUUGCAAUUGUCGCGUCGUCAACAACAGCGACGGCAGGCGGGGCUGGCGACGGUGACCACAGCGGAUGGAUUACUCUUACCAACAACGCAGCAAGCGCAUUCGGGUGAAUGUGGAUGUACGGCAGGUGAGUGCUAACUACACAAACGCAGAUCUUAUUGUGUAUGUAUGUGCAGAAUUAAAUAUAAAUAUAAUUUUUUUAAGUACCUUAAGAUUGGGAGUUAAAUAAAAUAAAAAUAUUAAAUACGAAUUUGUCAAUGUAGGCACAGCAG